CCAAACCCCUCCACCCUCGUACCUCCUAAACGCUCCCUUUCACUUCCUAAAACGCGUCUCGUUAUACCUGUCGAAGCGUCGCCUCUUAGUCUUCUAGUUUAUUCUUUCCAAAUCGACAUUCCUGUCCCGGGUGCCGCCUCAGUAGACAUAUCGUCGCUAUUCACGGCGUGCCGUCAGUAUAGCCGCGUUGAAACGUAGCCGAGGUUUCUGAAGUUUCAAUUCUAGAGGUUUCCUGAUUUUCAACCCUAAACGUAGUGCAACACUGCAGUCACCGACAGUCACGGGAACAGCCGGUGGUCGCGUUAAGAUCGUGCAGCCAUGUUUAAAGCGUCGAGAGCCACGACGAGGAAGGGGAAGCUCGUCCUAGACACUCGCGCGCCGAAAAUAAAAGAGAAUGUGCGCCAGGCGCUGCUGCUGCGCGGCACUAGUUCCAGUGCGGUGCUGAACGGUGUGCUGUCAGACGUGCAUCAUUUAAAGCGGUUCAGCGGGGGCUCUCUGAAGCUCUCGCGCCCCAACGACCGCGUGCGGCCGUUCGAAGCGGGCGGGGAGGCGCCUUUGGAACAGCUCUCAAAGAAAACAGACAGCAGUUUGUUCAUGUUCGCCUCGCACUCCAAGAAGCGCCCUCACAACCUGGUGAUUGGGCGAAUGUAUGACUACCACCUGUACGACAUGCUGGAAGUGGGGGUCACGCGCCACGUCAGCAUCCAACAGCUCAAAGGAGGGGGGAAGCUGUCGCCACAGGUCGGGUCAAAGCCGUGCUUCUGCUUCAUUGGCACCGAGUUUGACAGCGACCCAGCAGCAGCACAGCUCAAGAGCCUCUUGCUGGACUUUUUCCGGGGAGAGGUGGCUGCAACAGUUGAUCUGGCAGGUCUAGACCGAGUCUUUGUGUGCGCUGCACAGAAUGGCAAGGUCCUGUUUCGCCACUGCGCCAUCCGCCUCAAGCGAUCGGGAACCAAGGUGCCGCGAGUGGUGCUGGUGCCCAUCGGCCCGUCCAUCGACUUUGAGAUCCGACGGACGAGAUUGCCCGGGGAGGAGCUGAGGAAGGAGGCCAUGAGGGCAGUGAAGCUCGGCCAAGAGAAGAAGAUCAAGAACGUCAAGUCAGAUAUAAUAAAGGGCAAGGUGGGGCGCAUCUACAUGCCGAAGCAGGAGGUGGGGUCCAUGGCUUUGAUGAAGAUGAAGGGGCUCAAGCGGGAGAGAAGGGAGGCGGCUGCCACCAGGAAGAAGGCCAAACAGGAUGCACCGGCCAAGGGGGACGAGGGGGGGGAGGUUGGUGCGCAAGAUGUAGGAACGGCAGAGUAGGACAGGAGAUGCUGAGGCUGUUUUUGGUGCGAGUGUUGGGGUGGAUGUGAGUGAAAAACGUGGGAGGCUAAAGAGAGUGAGCUGACGACGACUCGCUGUGCCGCAAGCAGGAGGUGGGGUCCACGGCUCUGAUGAAGAUGAAGGGGCUCAAGCGGGAGAAGGGAGGCAGCUGCCACCAGGAAGAAGGCCAAACAGGGCACACCGGCCAAGGGGGGCGAGGCGGGGGUCCGGGGGCAGGAUGCAUCAGAGGUGGCAGCAGAGGUGGCAGCCUAGUGCAUUGGAAACAUCUCCUUGUGUGUGUACUGUACUACAGUAUUUUGAUGGAGAUGUUCAUGUUGGUUGCGUGGUGGAUGGAGGUUCCUGUUCAUGGAUCAUGCUUUACUUGGAAGCUUGAAAGCAUGGAAGUGUAAGCCUGGUAGAGAGAAAAUCUGGUACGGAGAUUGAAAGCUUGGCGGCCCUAAACUUGGAAGUUUGAAAGUGUGGAAGUUUGAAAGCGUGUACGUUUUAAGGCGUGGAAGCAUAAGCUUGGUACAGAGUA